AUGACAAAUUCAAAAAUAGAAUAAGUUUUAAUAGAUAACAAUUUCGAGAUAUGCAAAACACCAGAGGGAUAAAAUAACUUGAUGAAGUCAGUUUCUCUAGCACUUUUCAAUACUAUUGACCACUAUGAAAAAAUAUAGCAGUAUUGUAAAAAAUAUAUCAAGCACUUGAUAGAAUAAAAGUUGCUCUCUAAGAAGCUUGAGGGAUUUAUUUAAAACGAAAGAUGGGUAGCAGACUACUUCACAAAUCCAACUUUAAAAUGCUUUGAAAGACUUAACCUUGAAUUGUUGUCUCUUAUCUUUAAGACUAAGAUUACUAUUUUUACAAUCAGCUAGGAGCACUAAUUCUUGAAAUCGACAAUCUACAACAAUGGCUUUGAUCAUGGUAUCAUAAACCUCUAUUAGCCUGACUAAAAGCAUUAUGACGUUUUUAGACAUAAAAAUUCCCCUAUAUUACCAAUGUUAGACUAAGCUCUAAUUUCAGAUAUUUUAGGGGAUUUAAAGGACUAACCUAAUGGUGCUACUCUAAAAGAUGAUUAACAUGCCAAUCAUUAUUAAAUAUAUGGAGUCACUGAAUCACCACAGAUUCCAGGAUAGAAAAGACACUCCUUCCAUAGAAAGCACAAGAAGUCUCUUUCUGAUACAUUUAAUCCAUUCUAAAUUAGGGUGCCUAACGAUUUCCUCGAUUUGUUUAAAGGAUCAAACGAUUUCUCUAACAAUAGUUAAUUUUUGAGCUUAAUUAAUCACCACUAAAGUAACUCAUCAAGCACAGGAAUUAAUAGUGAUUUAUCUAAUCAUCACCAUGAUCCUACAUAAAACAUUGAAAGUACUUCACGCAGAUUAAAAUAUUAAAACUAUAUCGAUGAGACAGAAGAGACACUUAAUGUAGCUAUCAAUAACACCUAGCUAUCCAAAUUUAAUCCCAAAGCAAAUGAGAACAGCUCAUCUCCUAACUCAUACAAUCUAUCACAUCAAUUAAACCCAGAAUAGCCUACAUAAUUUACUAAUAAUGCUAACUCAAAUCAACUUUUGAAUCCCGAAAAAUCAAAUGAGGAAAAUCAGCAAACACUUAAUUUAAAUAAUUAAAUGAAUGGAUUUUAACAAAGCUAUCUAUAAAAUAACAUACCUUAAACAUAAUAACUAAAUAGUUUAUCUAACACCAAUGCUAAAUAAGAUACAUUAAAUACUUAAAAUUUAGCUUAAAGCAAUAACUAAUCCAACCUAAACACAAGUGGUUAGUAACAAAAUAAUUUAGCUCAAAAUAACUUAAGUAGCAAUACAACUUCCUUAUAAACAAAAAUAGCUGUAAAUUAAGGAGAAAGCUUAGCUAUUAGCUCACAAAGCAGUAAUGAAAGCCUUAAUUCCAAUCAAGUAAACAAUUAGGGUAUGUAAGAUAGUCAAAUAUCUUAACAAUAACAAAUUUAAGCUUCUUAAACUUCAAACUAGCAACAAGCUUCAAUUUAACAAAGUUCAAAUACUCCCAAUCUACUCUCAACUCCAUCAAUAGAUUUUAUUUAAUUUACUCACCCCAUACCAAAUAUGGUUCCUAUCCCUACUGUUUCAACUCCAAAUCUGCUCACCCCUCCUUUCAUGCCUCCCCCAGCUACUAUUAACUUAUUAAAUCCCUCAUUUGACUAACUCCAAAAACUACCUGCUAACUAGCUCACAAAAUCAAUGAGUUAUUCUAUAACUUCUACUACACCUUAGUUGCAAUAGCAAAAUACUCAGCAGCAAUAAUAAUAGAUUCAAUAAAAUACCUCAUAAUCAUAAUAGUAGUAGCAAUAGCAAGCUUAAGGUUCUCAAAUAAGUGCUAAUGCAAUUCAUGAAAAUUUAAGAAGGUAUAUGGGAAGUUUGAAGUUUUUCGAUGAAAAUAAGAAUUAUGGAUUUAUUGUUAUGGAUGACGACAACAGAGAUAUUUUUGUGCACUACGAUGAUCUUUAGAAGGCAGGUAUUACAAAAGAGUUCUUAAAGAGUUCAAAACAAGGAAAUGUAAUUCGCUUUUCCUUUUCGUGCAUGCAGUACAUAGGAAAAUACAAAUAGUCUAAAAAGGCUGUUGAACUUCAGGUUAUGCCUUACAAUCCAGCUUUAAGCGCUUUAAGAAGAUAAUAAUUCAGCUAUAUUUCAGCCAAUCCCUAGAACACAUCAAAUAAUAACUAAUCUAAUAACAAUAGCAACCUUUGA